UGGCAUAUCGAUCCCCAAUAAUACACAUGGUCUUUUGUAAUAUCAUAAUCUAUGAAUUCAAAAUACAGUAGAUUGCUAUUGCGCCCAAUAACGCCAGCAUAUAGUUGCGAUUUUCGAGAAGUUUAUUUAGACGAGCCAUGUAAAAUUGGUCGGGCAGUUGGAAAAAUAAAGCCUCAUAAAAAUAAUGCUAUUUUUGAUUGUAAGGUUCUUUCAAGAAAUCAUGCUAUUAUUUGGUAUGAAAAUGCAAAAUUUUUUCUUAAAGAUACAAAAAGUAGUAAUGGAACCUUUGCUAACAAACAAAGAUUGAGUGAAGGUUGUGAAGAGAGUAACCCCUAUGAGAUAUUUUCAAAUGAUGAGAUCCAAUUUGGUGUAGAUGUGACUGACAAUCAAGUUGUGCACUCUUGUAUUAUUUCUCAAGUCUCAUUGUAUCAUCCUGAUGGGAGUGAAGCCUUACCAAAUCUGGUAGCUUUAUCACAGGGUGAUAUACAUAAACUUAGUCAAAUUAUUAGCGAAGUCAAAAUUAAAGAAAUUAACUUAAAUAAAAAACAAAAUGAUUUCAAUGAAAUACUAGAGGAAAUUUUAAAUUCAACAUCAGAAUCUUGGAAAGCAAUGAUUGAUGAAGAUUCACUGUUGUCACGUAUCUUAGUUCUUGAAACUGAAUUAGAAAUUUAUAAAAAGCCUUUGGAUGAGAACGAAAUGAAGCAUCAGUUGUUACAACUAAAUACCACUAAAUAUGAGGAGGAAACACUUCUAAAGACAAGAUUGAGUCAAAUAUAUGAAGAAAAAUCGAUUUUGGAGGCCAAUAUUGACUGUUUAAAGAAUCAAAUUUCGGAGAAAGAUUAUUUAAAUGAUCAACUCAACAAAUCUCUAGCUGAAUUGAAUAAACAAUUAGAAAACUUGAACGAGACGAAGCUAUACCUGCAAGAAGAAUUAAAUAAUAUUCAGAAUCAUUUUCAACAAAUGGAGCUUAAAUAUAAAGAAAUAAUCCAAGAAGUUCAGAAUAAAAGCGAUUUCCACCACCAUGAUAUUACCCACGAUUUUGAUGACGUAGCCAAAGAAAUUCAUUUGCUAGUUGAACCCCACGAAAUUUCCCUUCCACUAUCAGAUGAAUUAAACCCCGAGAUCGAAGAUAAGCCAAAAUUUAGUCCUAGUUCAAGCAAUACAUCUUUAAACACCUUGUUUACUCCUUCGUCCGACGCUCCUUUUAUCAAUAUACCCAUUGUUUCUGUAUAUGAAAAUGACCUUUCCCCCGACUAUACAAAAGAUGUAAAGGAGUUACCAUCCCAACAGACAUUUAUAUUUGCGAUGGAUGAUGAAACCUUGAAUAAUUCGGAAUUGAGAGAUCUUCCCAUAACAAAAGCAGAAUCUUACCCUCAAUGCAUACUACCCGCUAAGGACUUCAAAAUUAAAGAAAAUUUAAAACAUUCAAUCAUUGAUUUUAAUAAAACCAUCGAGAAAAGAAUCGACGAGGUGAAUAGGACUUGUCUACAACGAUUAAAUUUAGUAUCAAUUAGGUUAGAAAAAUGUAUCAGGAAGCUUAACAAUUCGCAGAUUCUAUGCCACAAAAGUUUUACAUCCAAAGAAGAAUUAGUAAAAGAAUGUAAAGCCGCUAAGUCUAAAUUGCAAGAAACGGAAAACUUUAAACUGCUUUUAUCUGAAGGUCAAAAAUCAUUGAGGGACAAAGAUAAGCUGAUAUCGGUACUCAAAGAAAAUUUCCAAAACCUUAACAUCAAUAGCAAUAAUUUGAAACAAGAAAAUGAUUACAUGAAACAGAAAAUCAGGAAUUUGCAAUCUGAGCUAAAUUUGAACAAAGUAAAACUGAAGAGUGUAAAAAAAGAAAAUGAAGUAAUUGAAGAUCAAACUCAACCACAUUCUUUCAAAUUUAACGAGAAUACGGAUAUUGGUCGAGAAGACCUUAUUACGCCCAUAAGAGUUGAAGAGCAAGAAGGAGUUUCUUCAAAUGGUACAUCGGAACGUUUGAUUGAAGAUUAUAAAGAAUUAGCUUACCAGGCAAAAAUACUCCCCAAAUCAAAGCAUGACAGCUCUCCUUCGCCAUUCACUUUUAUAAAAAUGAACUUACAAUAUUUCGCCUCCUUUCUCAUGCCCAAUGUUAACGAAUUGCAUUCACCACGCCAAUUAUCUCAGCAUAUUUUCAAACUUUUUAUCAUCUCUUUCUUUGUCCUGAUCUUGGCUAUGUUAUUAUUUAUUACGCUUAAGGCAUGAUAACCAUUUUAGCAUGAUACUUAUGGCAUGUUAUCUCUCUGUAUGCUCGUUAAUCCCUAUACUUGUAUUAUUAUGGUCAAUAUUUUUGGCAUUAUAUCACAAGAUUUCCAAGUUUACUGCCACAAUUGAAUGAUUUCCUGU